AAGAAAUUCCCGGAAAUAUAUGCGUUUCGUAGAAUCUGUCCACACGCAGGUCUGUACGCGCCGUACCGUUCAAUUCAUGUUCAGUAUUGACCGUUGUCGGUGGUGUUCUUGCUGUGAGACUCUAUAACCAUUAGGACUACAUGGCACAUUCCUCCGCCUGGUCAGGAGGCGCCUAUGCUCACAGCGGAGCAGGUGAUUCGUAUUCCUACGCCGGUUCAAACAGACACCAGAAAGAAGAACGGUUUGGGAGGGGUUCAGGACAGUUUGGGGGAGGAUAUGGUGGUGGACAGUACGCUUCCUCAUCCUCGUCCUCCGGCCCCGGGGGUCAUUGCCAGAGUUCCACGAUGACGUCAGGACCUGGCGGGACGUUCGGCACGUACCAUUCCUCGGAUGACCCGGGUCGCGUGUACUCGUGGAGAAACCCGCCUGCAGCUUCCGGUCCGCCGCCGGCUUACUCUGAACACACCCCUCACCCCCAGAAUCGGCAAGACAAAACCACUUUUCAUACUUCCGGGAACGGCCAGACCCGGACAGUGCACACCAAAACCCAUACUCCAUACGGCACGUCUAGCACGAUGACGUCAACAACCGGAAACGGCAGGGCGCAUGCGCAAGCUGACCACGGAAGAACAAAUAACGGGAGACCGGGUUCUUGGAGGUGGUGGCCAUCUUGAAUCUCAAAAAUCUCAGUACUGAUUCUGACUGUCAAAGUGAAGUUUAUAUUUAAUUCAUUUUAAAAAUAAGUGAUGUUUUUUCUUUUCUUUAAAUUAAUUAUUAUUAUUAUAUAUUAUUAAUUAAUUAUUAUUAAUCAUUUUUAUUUAUUAUCGCUAUUAUUAUUAUUAUUAUUAUUAGUUUUUUCCUAUAUUCUUUAUCAUGUUGUUCGUUUGUGUACCUGUUCAUUACAAAGAACAGACAUGUGGUGUGUUUUAAUGGUAUUUUGUGUUGGCCACGGAAACCAGCGUGGACGUUCUAUCCUCGGGCGUUUGGAUACUGGUCUGAGGUUAAAGAUGUAUGCUUAGUACCAGUCGAUGGAACACCGAUGCGCUCGCCGCUAUAUAGCUGUUGUUCAUACGUACCCGUAUCUCUAUCUGUGAUGUUUAUGACAUGGUGCUUACAGCAGAACACUAACAGGACAAAUUCAAACAUGUUUGUCACGUGCUACAUGUAUAUUACGUUAUUAAAGAACAACUAAUAUAUACUCUUCAAAAAUAGUAGGGGAACCUGAAAUAUUAAUGUUAAUAUCAACUAUUAGACCGAACAUACGUUUUGACCACAGACAUCC